AUGAAGGCCUGCCUAAUUGCCUAUAGUAUAUUAAGUGAUGCUUCAGUGUUGAUUUCGGGGCCUUCAUCAGAAAGAACCGCCUUUACAAACAUUGGAUUGAAUGGCUUUGAUGUGAUUGAUGAAGCAAAAUCACAACUUGAGUCAUUAUGCCCAGGAGUUGUUUCUUGUGCUGAUAUCUUAGCUUUAGCUGCUCGUGAUUCUGUUACUUUGACUGGAGGUCCAAAUUGGGGAAUUCCACUAGGGAGAUUGGAUGGCAAGAGAUCUUCAGCAUCCGAUGCCUUAAACUUGCCAUCUCCUCUGGAAUCUAUUGCUGUCCAUAGACAAAAAUUUGCUGAUAAAGGUCUCAAUGAUCAUGAUCUUGUUACACUUGUUGGUGCACAUACCAUUGGACAAACCGAUUGCAGAUUCUUUCAAUAUAGGCUCUACAAUUUCACACCAACAGGCAACUCUGAUCCUUCAGUCAGCUCACAAAAUCUAGCCCAACUACAAGCCUUGUGUCCCAAAAAUGGCAAUGGUUUAACCAAGGUGGUUUUGGACAAAGAUAGUGGGAAUAGAUUUGAUGUUAAUUUCUUUAAGAACAUUAGGGAUGGCAAUGCUGUGCUCGAAUCCGAUCAACGAUUAUGGGGCGAUGAUGCAACUCGUGCAAUUGUGCAAAAUUAUGCAGGAAAUAUUAGAGGGUUGUUUGGUGUUAGGUUCAAUUUUGAUUUCCCUAAAGCUAUGAUUAAGAUGAGUACCAUUGAUGUUAAAACUGGUUCUAAUGGUGAGAUUAGAAAGGUUUGUUCAAAGUUUAACUGAAUGUAAGUUUGGUUAUUCUCAAUAAAUCAAUUGUGUCUAUCAAAUGAUAAAUUGUAAUGUUACACAAGUUGUACCGAUAAAUUGUAAUGUCACGAUGUGUUUUUUUUUUUUUUACUUAAAUAUAGGUUUCUUUUGGUUCAUCUAACUUAUUUUAUCUGUACUUAUAUUAUCUGAACUUAUAUAAUGUUGUAGCAUAAUUAAUACUCCGUAACUUACAUGAGAUUGUGUCAAAACUUAUUUUCAUUAUACACGUCAAGUAUACUAUUUCCGAGGUCAGUACUUUGUAUUUGUAUUGCUUUAUUCAUGCUUGCUCCACUUCAAGUAAUAUUUGUUGUAACUUUACAGUUAAAUAUUUUUUUCUUAAUCUCCCUUGCCAUUUUAAAGU